ACUCACUUGGAAGUCUGUGCCUUGACGUAUCACCAAAGGAGGUAUGGAGGCGGUGGAAGUGUUCAGUACAGAAAGCAAAGGCAGGGGGCUGAAGGCAGUGAAGGAGUUUUGGGCAGCAGAUGUCAUUUUUGCAGAACGAGCUUAUGCGGCUGUAGUAUUUGACAGUCUCACUCACCUGGUCUGCCACACUUGCUUUAAGCGGCAUGCAAAGCUCCAUCGCUGUGGCCAGUGCAAGUUUGCCCAUUACUGUGAUCGCACCUGCCAGAAGGAUGCCUGGCUGAACCAUAAGAAUGAGUGCUCUGCCAUCAAGAAACAUGGGAAAGCACCCAACGAAAACAUCCGGCUGGCUGCCCGAAUCAUGUGGAGAAUAGAGAAAGAAGGAAGUGGUCUGACAGAGGGCUCUUUGGUCUCCAUUGACAAUCUACAGAACCACGUGGAACAUUUUGGAGAGGAGGAGGAGAAGGAGCUGAGGAUUGACCUGGAGAGUUUCUUGGAGUUUUGGCCACCUGAGAGCAAGCAGUUUGGCAUGCAAUACAUCUCUCACAUAUUGGGUGUGAUAAACUGCAAUGGUUUUACUCUGAGUGACCAGCGGGGCUUGCAAGCAGUUGGUGUAGGCAUUUUUCCCAACCUCUGCCUCGUAAAUCAUGACUGUUGGCCCAACUGUACCGUCAUCUUUAACAAUGGCAAUCAUGAGGCUGUAAGAUCAUUGUUCCACACUCAGAUGAGGAUAGAGCUGCGUGCUUUGGGUAAGAUCUCUGUAGGAGAGGAGCUGACUGUGUCCUACAUAGACUUCCUUAACAUCAGUGAAGACAGGAAGCUGCUAUUGAAAAAGCAGUAUUAUUUUGAUUGUACCUGUGAGUACUGUCAGAAAGGAAUCAAAGAUGACCUGAUGUUGGCUGUGAAAGAAGGGAAUGCAAAGCCAUCCAAGGAAGCGAUAAAAGGCAUAAUCCAGUUGUCUAAGGACACCAUGGAAAAAAUUGAGGCAGCUCGUUCAAAUGGGUUGUACCAUGAAGUUGUAAAGCUGUGUCGAGAGUGUCUGGUGAAGCAGGAACCAUUGUUGGGAGACACAAAUAUUUACCUGCUACGGAUCCUCAGCAUCUUGUCAGAAGUUCUCUCUUACCUCCAGCUCUUUGAUGAGGCAGCUGGCUACUCAAAACAGACGGUGGAUGGUUAUGUGAAACUUUACCACCCAAACAAUGCACAGCUUGGGAUGGCUCUCAUGAGAGCAGGAGUGACACACUGGCAUGCUGGCCUCAUUGAAAUGGGGCAUGCGAUGAUUUGCAAAGCCUAUGCAAUUCUUCUGGUUACGCAUGGUUCCACCCAUCCCAUUACCAAAGAUUUGGAGGCAAUGCGUGUUCAGUCUGAGAUGGAGUUGCGCAUGUUCCAGCAGAAUGAAUUCAUGUAUUACAAAAUGAGAGAGGCAGCUUUGCAGAAUCAACAGAUCCAGAUCAUGCCUGAGCCCAGCAGCGACAACAUUUCACCUGGCAUCUUCCAGAAGAAACAAUAAUGGGCUCCUUUGCUAGGUUGGAGAUGUUUUGCCAUACACGCGCAAUAGGUGCAAAAUCACCCUGUUGGUUCUGAACAGAAAGAAAGUGACAUACCAUAGAAAGUGGAAUUUGGUUCUCCUGGGGACAGCUCCAGACGGAUACCAUAUUCCUACAUGACCAGUAUGUUGAUUUAGAAAUAUUUCACAUAAAGUGUCAAAACUUCUAUUCACCAGUAACCACAAUAAAUAAAGUUAUUAUAGUAAUGGA